UUUAGUUUGAAUAUUUCCAAUUUUGCUUUUCAGACACAGUAAUGUGUACUGCAGAUAUGUGUCUUCAAGUAGUGUCUCUAUCCUUGAGAAUCCAUCACCAGAGGGUGUAAGGUCAGCCAGUGCAGAUUUGCCCCUAAUGUACCUUGGAAACUUAAUCUCUUCGCGAGGCACUCGCCUACAGGGGAUUGUUUGUUGCCAUGUGGUUAAUGCUUGUUGGCUGAAACUGCAAUGGGUGUGCAGUCUUUGCUGCAGCAUUAUUAAGCAGGGCAAGUGCACAAGAGGUUCAGGGCCAUGUCUGUCUGCAGUUGGUAUAUUUCGUGCUAAUGCAAGCGCUAUUGUGGAGGAUGGAACUGCAGAGGCACGAGUGUACUGCAAAGAUAAACAGGUGGCAGACCUGCUGGCCCUUGGCUCCGUAAAGUGGGAAAGACUGCAGCAGCAUAUUGAACCACAGGGGGAGGUGUAUUUUCAGUAUCAGGGUCGCACUGGACAUGAAUUGGUGAGUGAAAGCCUUUUCCCCCUUUUUAUACUAAAUCCUAAAUGUGGGACAAGCUUUUAA